AUGAAGAUUAACAAAGGCCUCAGGGCUCAUGAUAACACUGAAGAGGAGGAGGAGGAGGAAGAAGCCGAGGCGCGUGACGAAGAGGAGCCGGGGCCGUGUUUUCUGCGGCUACAGCCAUCUCCUCCAUCGACCUCCCUGACGCCGCAGCAGUGCAUGAUGGGAGUGCACAUGUCGGAGGCGGGAGGCAGAGACACAUGUCGCCCGAGCGGCCUGUCGCGCUCCACUGGGACACCUCCCUCACAGAGCACACCUCCCUCACAGAGGACACCUCCCUCACAGAGCACACCUCCCUCACAGAGGACACCUCCCUCACAGAGCACACCUCCCUCACAGAGGACACCUCCCUCACAGAGCACACCUCCCUCACAGAGCACACCUCCCUCACAGAGCACACCUCCCUCACAGAGGACACCUCCCUCACAGAGCACACCUCCCUCACAGAGCACACCUCCCUCACAGAGCACACCUCCCUCACAGAGGACACCUCCCUGA